UUUGGACCAAAAACUAGGCUCAAUCAGGGGUCAAGCGCUUCUCUUCCAUUUAUUACACCUGUUUCCGCACUGCACCGUACUGCCCGGCACUGUACUCGUGGAGAUUUGGCGGAGUCUGUCAGCAGCUUACAUGCGCCAUCCUUGCUCGUUUCUCCCUCAACGACGAAGCGAACAACCCCGGUUUCCAACGUCGUACAAGCCAGACACGACUCCCAUCCGUCUUUCUUCGGCGGGGACAGCGCAUACCGAGUGUCGGACCUACGACCUGGAUACCGAUGUAUUGACACCUCACUUUGCCGCAACACCUGUUACCGCGCCCUCCAGACCAUCCAUCGCCUCUUCUCCCUGCGACACUCACCACUCUCCCCCUCAUUCUCCGGCACUCAACCACUCGCUCAUUCAUUCCACUCGUUCCCAAUCUGCAUAUCGUACUGCUACCAAUCCGAAAGCAUGCCGCCCGACAGCUCUUCUUUCACUCCUCUAAACUUCGACAAUGAGGCUCCUGUGCCCGAGUACAUGGGCUCGUUCACCCUCGCUGCGCCUCCCAAUUCCGAUUUGUGGAGAAAGCCCCCCUCGCGAGACACAUCUACCGCCCCCAUCCUAUAUACUGCCCUACGCACUCCUUUCAUAGCUGCAGAGGUCACCGUCUCGGCAGAUUGGGAGCUCGAAUGGGAUCAAGGUGGUUUGGUGAUAUUUGCAGGCGCUCCGCCAGGUAGGGUUGCUACCUCCAUCGCACCCCAAUCAAACCCUCAUCCCCCGACCGCCGAUAUCAUCCUCAGCGAUAGCACCAAUGUUCCUUCGCCCGCUGUUUCCAUCGCGCCUGCACCCCCGGCUUUGACAGCAACCCCAAAUGCGGGGUUAGCUACGGAAUCUCUUUCUAACGUCGCGCGCGGUCCGCCACCACCAUACAUGCCACCUGCCCCCGCGUCCAAGUGGGUCAAAGUCGGCCUCGAAUUUUGCAAUGGCGCAUGCCACGCAACCUCUGUUGUUGCCACCUCAGACGGUGCCGAUUGGGCCCUUACAACGCUACCACCCCACCAUGCACGCCGUUCUGAUCUGCGAGUCAAGAUUGAAAGGAUUGGAUACGCGCUCUGGAUCUGGUACGAGGAUGACGUUUCGGGGUGGAAGAAGUUGAGAGAGGUGACAUGGUUUUUUUGGGGUGUUGAGGACAAAGCCGUCAGAGUCGGUGUGUAUGCGUCACGGCCUGCAAAUUUCGGGACCAGCAUGUACGAGAGACGCAAUGGGACCAACGGUGCUUUAGGGGGUGGCAUGAGGAAUCUUUGCGUCGACUUUGAGGGGUUGGAAAUCUUUUGA